AUGUCUUUCUACAUAAAUGUCAUAUCUCUCGACCUAAUUACCUGUGGCAAUUACUGUGGCCAACCGGACUUCUGGCUUAAUUGCACAGAAGAAACCGCAGUGAUCACAAUCACGAAUCUAACUUACCAAGUCCUUGACAUCGAUAGCGAGUCACAGACUCUUAAGGUUGCUAGAACAGACUACAUAGGAGGAAUCUGUCCUAAUUUCCUUCACAACACUUCUUUGAAUUCAGCUUCUUUCAAUUAUUCUUCGGGUAUUCGAAAUAUAACUCUGUACUAUCAUUGUCCUGCUCUUUCGACUGCAAUUGCUAUACCUCAAGGGUUCUCAAGUCAGUUUACUUGUCCCUCCAACAACAGCGAUAGAAAUGGUCCUUAUGUGAGGGGCGAUAGCAUUAAUUUUUAUGUGACAAGAAGGCUAAGUUCUUUUGGCAAUUCAAUAAGGAGCUUCUUGGAAACUUGCAAAGAUAACGUUACCGUUCCGGCAAUAGAGUCAGCUGUUCCGCCUGUAGAGAUUAGUCCUACAGAGGACAAUUUGAUUAGAGCUUUAGAGCAGGGUUUUGGACUGCAAUGGACUGCAAAGGAGUCUACUUGUGCCACGUGUAAAUUGUCUGGUGGGAUCUGUGGUUACAACCAUACUACUAGUUCAUUUGCUUGUUAUUGCUCUGAUCAGGCUCAACCGUUUAGUUGUGGAACAACAAAUCAACAGGAAUCAGGAGACAAAUCAAAUAUAUCAGUGAAACUUGGAAUAGGACUUGGCGCAGCAGUGGCAGUUGCAGCUAUUUUCAGUAUCAGGACUUGGCGCAGCAGUGCAGUUGCAGCUAUUUUCAACAUUAAGAAAAUUACCAACUCAUUUGCUGAUAAACUAGGUCAAGGUGGAUUUGGAAGCGUGUACAGAGGAAAAUUAAAGGAUGGUCGAUGUGUGGCAGUAAAAGUUUUAAAUAAAUCUAUAGGCGAGGGAGAAGAAUUUAUUAAUGAAGUUGCGAGUAUUAGUAGAACUUCACAUGUCAAUAUUGUUACUCUAUUAGGAUUUUGUUAUGAGAGGACUAAAAGAGCUUUGAUAUAUGAAUACAUGCCUAAUGGGUCUCUAGAUAUAUUCAUAUACGAUUUAGGCAAUCAGCUAGAAAGGAAAAUGUUAUCUGACAUUGCAAUUGGCAUUGCUAGAGGUUUAGAAUACUUGCAUCAAGGUUGUAAUACUAGGAUUGUGCAUUUUGAUAUAAAACCUCAAAAUGUCCUUCUAGAUGAUGAUUUCUGUCCAAAAAUCUCUGAUUUUGGUCUUGCAAAACUAUGCAAGAGAAAAGAAAGUAUAGUGUCAAUGUUGAGUGCGCGAGGGACAGUAGGGUACAUUGCUCCAGAAGUGUUUAUGAGAAGCUUAGGACAGUAG